AUGGCAGGAAAUGGGAUGCAUACAUUAGGUCGUGUCAAGGUCUGUGAUUUAGCUCCCAACGAAGGUCUACCUUCUGAUUCUUACAAGUUAGCCGUGACUACAUUAUCGCAAUCUCUGGCACAGUACUCUGCUGCCAUCAUCCAGUUUCCUUCCAGCGAUGGAGCCCUCCUUAGAUCCGGUCUCGAUUCCGCUAGGCUCUAUUUCCACCAGAGGGACUCAUAUCCAGCCGCAAACAACAUGAUCCACACAAAUGAUUCAAGAGAAUGGUGCAAGACCUCUGGCUACUAUUCAGAUCCUCAGUCUUGGCAAGAGAGCUACGAGUAUAGACCUGGCUUAACCCUCACAGAGCCAACGAACUCUAUGGAGUUUCCUCCUUCUGGUUUGCCUGAUAUAUUUGCUUUGCUAGGCAAAGCCGCUCGUGUAGUUCUUGAUGCAAUUGGUUUCUAUUUGAAUCUGAGAAGCUGUCCGUUUACUGAGAUUCUUGAUAAUGUCCCUUUGAGGAACAAUGAGAUAUCUUCCUCUGUGUUAUCUGUUUGCUGUUACGCGAGGCCGUCGUUUCAUGGAGCACAGCAUCAUACCUUGACUGAAGAAGAGCAGCUUAUGAUGUAUGCAGACCAUGAUCACCAUCUUGACAAGAGUCUGAUCUCGUUUGUGAAAUCUGAUAAAGCAGGGCUGCAUAUCAGGGACAUGCAUGGACAAUGGGUUUUGGUGGAUGUGGAUCUUGGUCCUCAAGAGGCUGUUGUGUAUCCGGGGCUAGCUCUUUACCAGGCUACAGCUGGUUACGUGAGUCCUGCUGUGCACAGAACCGAUUUGAACAGUAUGCAAGGAAGUAUAGAAGGGAGAUUCUCCUUGGCUUUCAAACUCAUGCCUAAGUCAAUGACUAAUCUGAGUAGCUCGGAGAUGAGAGCAGCAGGUCAUGGUGUUGAAGCUCAGUUUCAGCUCCCGGUUUCAGUUGAUGACUUCAUGCAGAGAUCUCACUCUAAUGAUGAGCUCUUUAAUAGACAGACUUUGCAAAGCUUCACCGUCCCUCAAUCCCAUGAUGGAUCUAUGAAACAGCUGAAGAAGAGGAGGAAGAGCGAUUCGAGAUUGAAACCGUUACCACCAUCGAAGCGGCUGAGGUUAGAAGCGCAGAGAGUUCUCAAGGAACGAGUUCAGGAGAUUGCGGAUAAGAAAGGAAUCAAGCUCAGGUUCUGCAACCUCAAGGAGUGUGAGAACAACCACAAUGUGAUGAACAGCCCUUGCGAGAAUAUGAGAAGAGAGAUUGGGUGGCCACACGGAGUUCCAUUUGUUCAUCCUCACGACCUCCCAAACAAAGCUAAGAUCGGGUUUCUUGAGACGUAUGAGCCAGGAUGGUCUGAAACACAUGACAUGGAGCUUAGUCUCUCUGAAACUGCUCAGGGAAACCAACACGUGAUUAACUGUAACCACUCUUUUACCUAUUAA